UGCGUAUUCAGACGUUAGUAACAAAGACUUGUUUCUAGCUGAACUCCAAGUGUUAGUAAAAACCCCAUCAUGCAUUUCAAAAGUGCUGUUAUCUUUUGCACGCUGUACUUCGUGACUGUGACACAGAGCUUUGGAAUCGAUAUCAGUCAUAUUGGACAUAUAAAUUUUUUGUUCAGAGAAAAAGAUAUACAACACUUUCCUCGUGUCUACAAAUCUUCGAUUAAUUUCAGCCAAAAUUUUUUUCUUUUGGCAAAACAAAACGAAAAACCUAUAAAAAAAGUUACCAUGGAAGAUAUUGAGGAAUUGGCGAAAUAUUUUGGCAUUACAGAUUGUUCAGGUUUUAAAUACAAUGAAGAUCUAUCCCACGAUCAAUUAGUACAAGAACUUUUGUUAUUUUUGGCCUAUUACGAUAAGCAUAUCGAUCACAUGAUACAAGUUCCAAGUUUAACGUCUUAUGAAGUCAGCAUUUAUGUAGGCCUGUAUAAGCAAUUCGAUAACGUUAAGCCACUCGACGAUAGACUUCGCGUGAUCAUUAGAUCUUUAAAUCUAAAAGUGCCCGAAAAAAUAAAUUUAGAAGACAAUGUUUUGGACAUAGUAGACAAAGAUGUCGGUGUAUUUAACGCCUCGGUGUUUUUGAAAGGCAUUUUGAACAUAAAACCACGAGGCAGAGGUCUAGAUUUGAAUCAGGUUCAGUUCCUAAUGAAUUUAUAUAAAGAUCACAAAACAGAUGGCAACCACAUUGAACCUGGGGAAAUAACAAAGUUAUUCAAAAAGUUUUCUAUAGUUACAGAAGACCAGGACAAACUUUUGGUUUUUCCGUCCAUCCGAUUUGCUGCUUUGGAGUUGCAAGAGAUAAUGAUUGUUACAGCUAAAUACGACAAAGAGUUCGACAUAAAUGCUAAAGUUAUAUGGACCAUGGAAAAAGUCAGAUUCAUAUUGAUUGAUUUUUCUAAACUUGACAACAACCACAAUGGUUUACUCGGAGAAGCCGAAUUUACAGGAUGUAUAAAAAAUCAUAACACUGUUGUUGCGGAUUUCGAUUACGAUGAUGACAAACAUAUAAAUAUUGCAGAGUUCUUCAUGGUUCACUUCCGAAUAUUUAAAGAUUAAUCAACUUAAAAUGACACAAACUGAUAUAUUAAAAGAGCUUUCAAUCCUUAUUUUGAGUGUGCUUUAAUAAUGAGAAAUAAAUUUGAUUCUAUAAUGUAUUCUUCUAAGACUGUGCCACUUUACACAUAUUUACCUAUUUUAAUGCUUCAAUGAAUGUAUGGCGGUAUUAAUCCGGAUUCAUAAUAUGGUAGGAUCUAAAUUUUAAAAGAAAUAUCACUUUCACUCACUUUGUAUUCAGUCCUUUUAAUAGUAAGGUUAACAUUACUAAGAUUACCUAUUGUACCCAGAUCAUCAGGUUAUUGUUUAUUGUUGAAUUAAUGGUUUCAUGACUUUUAUAAUAUAUAAAUGUAAUAAUAAUAAUAUAUAAUA